AUGGCGGAUUUUCACGCAAGUGAUGAUAUCCGUCCAAAGUCAGCGGUGGUACAGGUAUCAGAAAUUUCCGACCGAUCUGUCAACCCAAGGCCAUUAUGUAAUCGAGGAGCCCCAGGUUCUACAGGUUCUCAAGUAAAUGACGACUAUUUGACUGGACAAAGACUUAGAGAAAUAACAGGGUGUGAAGAUCUAAAAAUGGUGAUUACCUUGGAUAUGCAAUUUGAUACUGAUCGUAUGGCGGCUGGGAACUUCGGAGUGUAUUUACCGAAUCUUAAACAACUACGGUUGUCUAACAGUAAUAUCCGUACUGUUCGAGACUUAGGGACAGGACUUAACAACUUGGAAGUUGCUUGGAUGCCACGCUGUUGUCUCAUUAGCCUUGAUGGGAUAUCAAGUUUUACAAAAUUAGUGGAGUUAUAUGUCGCGUUCAAUGAAAUUUCUGACCUCAGUCCAUGUGCAAUGUUGGAUAUCAUCGAAUUAAUAGAUCUAGAGGGUAAUCUGAUAGAAGAUAAAUCAAGUCUGUCAUAUCUUCAUUUGUGUCGCAAUCUAACAACAAUUACCCUUGAAGGCAACCCUCUUGUUACCAAGUGUGGUGGAAAAAUAAGGUACAGAAAAAUUGUGAAGAAAAUGCUACCUCAAAUAACUGUACUUGAUGAUAUCCCAAUACAAAAUAAUCCAACCUCAAAUUUAGGAGAGUACGACAUUACUAAGUUUGACAGUGAAUGGGAAUACAUAAAUACUGUACUGAAGGAGAUUGGUUUACUAUCUGUGACAAAGAAGAGUAAUAUAAGAUCAAACAAGUCCCGAGAUACUAUUGUUAACGCAGAAACAAUUGAACCAGGCCGGUCAUCAUUAGGACUUCGGCCUACGUCAGCAAUAAAACAAAGGUAUCAAGAAAACAGUUUGCAGCAUAUCACGAUGGACAAUGAUAAUCCUACUACACAAGCCUCUAGAAGUUCAUCAGUCAUUAUGGAUGCUGAAGUUUUUUCAGAUGAAGAGGGUCGUGUUUCGGAACUGACCACAGGUGAGGUUAUCUGUGGAGGUAUUAGUGCUGCAUUACGAAACCGAAGGUUUUCAGCACAACUGACUGCUACUGCUACAAAUAAACCAAUUCCUACUUUUUCAAAAACUGAAAAUCUUUUACCUUGCAAUGAGAAUCAUUCAUCAGAAAUAAAGGCAAAUGAAGCAAAUGAGUCUUUUCCUACAAAGGCGAAUAAUAUUAGUACAAAUGUAGAAUGUGAUGACAUUUUAAAUGAAGAGUCAUCUUUACGUCAAGAAUGUGAUCUGGUUUUGAAAGAACUUGCAGCCUGGAGAAAAAUGUACUCACAGUCUAAAGUAUUCAAGUCAUGCAGAAGAGCGAAAAUGAUUCCUAAAAUUACAAAAUCGGAUUCUGAAUCUGAUACAAUUCUUCUAUCAACUGAUAGUGAUAAUCCACUGGACCAUGAAGGGAGUGAAAACAUGGUAAAUUGUGAGGAUAAACGCACCCGUCACUCUGAUGUCAAGUCAAAAAAUAAUCUACAAAGUACAAAUUGUCGAAGAAAAGAUAAACUUAAUAAGAAAUCUAUGAAUCUCACGGAGAACAAAGCAAAAUGUGACAGUCAGAAGAAUAACAAUACACAGUGUAAAAUGAACAGUUCAACAGAUGAAAGUCAUAUAAAGACAAAUUACAGUUCUUAUUCAGUUGACGAUCGAUCCAUCAAUCAUCAAUCAAACUCGACUAAAUUGAACUCAUCAUUAUCAUCGUUUCUACCUAUUUUACAAACAAAUGGAAAGUCGAUUAAAGUUGAUUCACCAGUUUCUUCAUCUUCAUCCAGUUGUUCUCCUAGAAAACAGGCACCUGAACAAUCAACUUCUGGAGUGGAAAGCAGUUUUGAUGAACAAAUGGUCGUCAACAAUGACAACAGUAUACAAGAUUUACAAGUUACCAAGUCUUCAGUGAAAAACGAUCCGUCUUCUCCAUCUUCUCCUCCAGAGCCGCCCCUUCAUCAGCUGAAGCAAAAACAAUCUGAAUUCUCUAAAAUGAAAACAUCCAAAUCUCCUGUUGUAUACGCAAACCAUAGAAUAAACAAAACUGAAUCAGGAAAUAAGCUGGCUAUGCGAAUGUCCAGAACAUCGAGUACUACUAUUCAAGCGUUACCAUCGAAACCUUUAGUGAAACGUGAAAAAAUUGAAUAA